AGAUAGAUUGCUAGUUUAAAAUACCGCUCGUAAGCUGUGCCCAAAUGAAUGAUCACAUUCUACACAAUGUUGAAAUUGCGAAAAGUUACAGUACCAGUAAUCCAAUCAUUCAAUAUUGCACAGAUAUAUCGGUAAAGGAAGAUAUGAUGGAGAAAGAACUUCGCGAAAAGACUAUGCAAAAUCAUAAAGACUAUUUCAUGAUUGGGGCACCAGAAGUACUUCAAAUGGGAAAAAAUAUGAUCAGAUUAAUUAAGGCUAAACGUGCUUUAGAUAUUGGUACUUUUACUGGAGCAUCUGCACUAGCAUGGGCUCUUGCCUUACCGCCAGAUGGUGAAAUAUUAUCAAUGGAUUUGUCGCAUGAAAGUCUGAAUGUUACGGGAAAAGCAAUUUUUAAAAAAAUUCCUGACAUUGCCAAGAAGAUUAAUUUUAAAUUGGGACCUGCUCUGGAAGCAUUAGAUGCUUUGAUAGCUAAUGGUCAGUGUGGGAAAUGGGAUUUCGCAUUUAUUGAUGCCGAUAAGGAGAAUUAUCCAAAUUAUUAUGAACGAUGCGUUCAGCUAUUGAGGGCAGGUGGAGUUAUACUCAUUGACAAUGCUUUACGGCGUGGUAAAGUCGUUCAGGAGGAUAAAGAUUAUGCCAUUCAAUGCAUCGACAAGACCAACCAGCUGGCCUCUAAGGACAAUCGCGUCGACAAUCUUCUGCUCACUCUUGGUGACGGCACGCAUGUUAUUUUCAAGCUUUAA